AAAGCAAAAAAAAUCCUGAUGUCACUAUCUAUUCCAAUAAUGGCAAGAAAGAUACAACUGGUUGACGAUAACAAGUAGUAGAUUUUUUUUUUUCCCAAAAAGCCUCCUGUAUAUUUAAUUUUUACUUUUUCCAUUCAUUAAUUUGCAGUUUCGAUUGCUAUUAUUUUUUCUAUGUACACAAAUAUAAAUUAUAGGCUGUUGGAAAAUCAAGCUCCGCUUGCUGACGUCGUCGCCUCGAUCAUUUUUAGGCUCCGAUCACCUUCCGGGGUGAGAAUAAAGAUCGGAGCUUAUAAAUAUACUUGGAAGACAAACAAUAAGAAUGCAGGGAAUACCUUCCUUGGUUGAUCUAUGUGUUCAGAUUGCAGUUCUCAAUGUUCGAUAUCUUGGAAAUGUUGGAGAAACAGAGUUCCAUCUACUGGAGCGUAUUUUACCGCAUUGCACCAUGGAUCAGUUGAUACACGUUGAGAAUUGUACAGAGGGAAGAGAUCUUAGCCCAGUAACUAAUAAACUUUGGAAGAAAUUCUUUGAGCGGCAAUUUGGUGCUGAGAGUGCUGAGCUUGUGGUGGAAAGGAUGAAAAAAAGGAGGGUUGAAUUUAAAUGGAGAGAAUUGUAUAAGGCGAAGUCACAGGAAUUAGAAGAGAAGGAAAAGAAAAUAUCAGAACGAUUGAAGCAGCGGUAUGCAAAUGAAGCAGCUGAGAAACAAAAGAGGCGAGUUCAGAUAUGCACGAAAGUCCCACCUUCAAGCUGUAAAAGAAGUUUCUUUGGAGCAGCAGGACCUUACAACGGUAUGUCCAACGGCAAAAGCAGCAUAAUGAAGAAGGCAAAAUUGGAAUUUUUAAACAGUCGUGAGGUCAAAAAUUUAGCAGCUGUGAAGAACAAAGCAGUGCAGACGAGUUACAGUGUUUCUUCUUCUAGGAAGCCCAGUGGUUUUUCUAGUGUUGCUUCUUCUUCAACAUGCAAACCAAAGCCCGUGCAGAGGAGAUUUUAGUAGGCUUUGUAAACUUAUCUUUCUAGAUUAGCGUUAUUAUUGCAUUGCCAAAGGUUACCUUUAGUUCAAUUGAAUUGUAAUGUACGCUUAAAGAAUUGGGUCAACUUUCUUGAUCCAUUUAUGUUGGUGUUUUAUUUCUUCCAAUGUAUAGACAUCCUUUUGCUUUCAUUACAGAAAAGUAGUUUGGGCGAUGAUGAUA